CAUGGGUGUGGUGAUUAGCUUGCUUGGUGAAAAAUUUUAGUCUAAUCCGACCCGUGUUGCGCUCGCUUGUGCCCCAUUAAACCGAUUAAAUUGUUAUAAAAUUAAGACUUCUCCCUCUAUGAUUUCUCUCACUGAAAGGAACAUGGCUGUCGUUUGAAGACACACCGGUGUGACUCGAAGUGAAAGGACGCACAGAGCCCGAAAGCCUGUUUCAGGUGUCUGCUGGUAAAGCCUGUGAGCGUGUGUGGGUGUGUGAGAGUGUGCGUGCGUGCGUGCGUGUGUGUGUGUGUGUGUGUGUGUGAGUGAGUGAGUGAGUGCGGGUUUGGGGCACGUGUGGUUUUUCCCACCCCUGUCGGUAUUUGGAACGGAGCGUGGCCUAAACACAUCGCAGAAGGACAAUGAGCGAGCUGGAACAGUUGCGGCAGGAAGCCGAGCAACUACGCAAUCAGAUCCGGGAUGCCAGGAAAGCCUGCAGUGACUCAACUCUGUCACAGAUCACAGCUGGUCUGGACUCAGUGGGCCGGAUACAGAUGCGGACACGACGCACUCUCAGGGGCCACCUGGCCAAGAUCUAUGCAAUGCACUGGGGGAGCGACUCCAGGUUACUUGUCAGUGCCUCACAAGAUGGAAAGCUAAUUAUCUGGGACAGCUAUACAACAAAUAAGAUGCAUGCCAUCCCUCUGCGCUCCUCCUGGGUUAUGACGUGCGCUUACGCCCCCUCUGGGAACUAUGUGGCCUGCGGGGGGCUGGACAACAUAUGCUCCAUAUACAGCCUGAAGACCCGUGAGGGCAAUGUGCGGGUCACCAGAGAGCUACCGGGGCACACAGGUUACUUGUCCUGCUGUCGUUUCCUGGAUGACAACCAGAUUCUGACCAGCUCUGGUGACACCACCUGUGCACUGUGGGACAUCGAGACAGGCCAGCAGGCCACUAGCUUCACAGGCCACACAGGGGACGUGAUGAGCUUGUCUCUAAGCCCAGAUUUCAAGACCUUUGUGUCUGGAGCCUGUGACGCCACCUCCAAGCUGUGGGAUAUCCGCGAUGGCAUGUGCAGGCAAUCCUUCACCGGCCAUGUGUCUGACAUCAAUGCUGUCGCCUUUUUCCCCAAUGGGAAUGCCUUUGGUACAGGCUCAGACGAUGCCACCUGCAGGCUUUUUGACCUGCGUGCUGACCAGGAGCUGAUGAUGUACAGUCAUGACAACAUCAUCUGCGGCAUCACCUCCGUUGCUUUCUCCAAGAGCGGCCGACUACUCCUGGCCGGCUAUGAUGAUUUCAACUGCAAUGUCUGGGACACUCUGAAAGGCGAGAGGGCAGGUGUGCUAGCAGGCCAUGACAACAGAGUGAGCUGCUUAGGUGUGACAAAAGACGGCAUGGCUGUGGCCACUGGCUCCUGGGACAGUUUCCUCCGAAUUUGGAACUAAAACAAACUUCUUCCUUGUUUUGCUCAAUCACUGCCUGCCAACUACCCUUCCUGCUACUCACCCCUAAUAUCCCAACUCAUCGGCUGGGCUGGACCAGCAGGUACACACCGUCAGCCGAGAUAUUCCCAACUCUCCCUGACCAGCCAACCUGUGACAAAGUACCAACUCUUUCUACCUUUUCCAAGUGGCGUUUUUUUUCACCCAGCUAUUACACAGAAACAAAAAUAAGAGCCUUUUAGUAGUUCCCAAUCCCAAAAAGCAGAAGUUAUGAAAAAUGGAAGGAAAAACGGAAGAUUUUGUCCUUAUGUUUUGUCACCUUCUUGAGAAACUAUGUCUGUUACCAAGACAGAUGACAACCAUAAUGCCAAUGGUGUGUAAUAAUACAUAUGUAAAUGUAUAUAUAAAGACAGUAUAUAUGUAUAGCAUUAUGUGUGUAUAUAUGCAUCAUAUAUGCAUAUAUAAUGUGUAUGUAUAUAUUUUUGUAGUUAAUUUCCCACCCUUGAGGUUUUUUUUAAUGAUUUAAAGGGUUUUAUGUUUAUUUUAAAUGUACAUAUCAUAAGUGUCAGUUUGAUAAUUUAGACAUAGCAAUGACUCUAAAUUAACAUGAAAAGUUUUCUUUCAUUUUCCAAAAUUUCUGAUACUUCUGAUGAAGUUUAGCUUGCUCAUCCAGCAUCGAACAGAGACAGAACAAGGAGAAAUCAAACAGUUUGCAGGAAUGUUAAAUGGCUUAGCUAACUUCACAUUCCACAGAUGCAUGUUUGUGUCUUCAUGAUACAGGCAAUGGGCACAACCCAUUUAUCCUGUAUCUACAAACGCUGCAUUCAUGUGAAUGAAUGAUAGCUGUCAUGUUUUUUUUAUUUUUUAUGAUAACACAACCCCUGGUAUUCCUCACCAGUCAUUUUGUCUGGGCGGAAACAUCACACUACUGUGAUAGUGAUUAGGAACAAGCAGUUUAAGAUUUUAAUAUGGAUUCAGUUGAAGAUCCAAAGUAGAAAGCAGCAAAUGCUAGGCUAAGAUAAACCUUCAUUUUUGUUCCAUUUUAUGUAAAUGGAGGUCUUGCCUCUCCUCAAGGUGGAGGCUUCAAAUCAUCUGAUGCUGAAUAUCUGAAGACUACAUUCUUUCCAUGCAAGUCAGCAGCUUUAUGCUAUGAUUGAUAUCCAAAUAAUGGUCCUCAACAGGGGUUCCCCAUCAUGAUAUCCCUGCCACCUGUGGCCUGAAGAAUCUACACAUUUCCUUAAGGUUGAGACUUGAGUUGCCCACACAAAUGACACUGAUGUAGAGAAGGGCAUCACAAAAUGAGAGACUCACUCUCUACAAGCAGAAGCCGCUUUCAACCUGUGAGCCUGUAACAGCGCUUAGGCCUGUACGGACAAAUGUUCGAAGAUAUACUAAAGGACCAUAAAGGAUUGAGGUGAUUCUGUCCGAAGCCUCUGAGGACUACAGAAAAGAUGAAGAGAGAAGGAAAGAUGUCUGUCACAGUUCUGUUCUUUUUAAUCUUUUAUUUCUUUAUGAAGGAUCGAAGAGUCCUUAUAGUUGUCAGCAAGGUGUGAACUGGGUGACUGCAUGAAGCUGAAAUCAUGUUAGCCACCCUUAAAUCACACCAGUGCCACCAUAAGCCUGUAGACAAAAAAAAGAAAAGAAAAAAACUACUUUUUUUUUUAAAGGUUUAACACUUUCAGCAUUUUAUUUUCUCCUCACCAAAAACAAGUUAUAAACUGUUAUGUAUUGCUUGUGAAGAAAGUACACUUGGUAGACGGAAAUGUACACUUGGUAGAGAGCUAGAAACCCACUCACAGAAUGUAGUGCAAAUGUAAACCAUUGAGCACAUGUGACUUAUUUACCCAUAGAAGAAAAGUGGUAUCUCUGAUUUUGAGUAGUCUCUCAUCACACAUCUUUCAUUAUUGUAUCUCAGCUAAAGGCUUGAUUUUUAAAAGACUUGUACACACAAUGUACGUGAGUUGGACCUAUCCAUCAGCUGUCUCUGGUGCCUAUCUCUAAAUAUACAUGUUUGACCCAUAUGGGCUGGAUAAAGGAGGGUGUGUGCUCCUGUGAGAUGCGGCACUAUUGUGUCUCCAUUCUGCCUUACGAUAGCAUUCAUACUAGAGAGUAACACAAGCAUCGACUACGGUAAUGUUUUUCUUCCUUUUUUACACACUGAUCAACAAGGAUUGCUUUUUUGUUUGCUUUUCCAAAACAAGCACAUUCUGAUCUUCGUGAACACUAAAAGGCAUGCUUACAGAAAACCACCACAACCACAUGCAGCUUUGUACUGCAUCUUAAAGCAAGUGUUUUACAUCACUUUUUAUACUAUUCUGCCUUCUAUUCUAUUCUACCCCACAGUUUGUAGUCUGUCUCAAGGUUUGAUCAAAACAAAUGAAAUCUCUUUGGCACACCAUGAUUCUAGUGACUUCUUUUUCUCUGAUGUUUUUAUCUGGCUUUGUAUUGAUGAAUCCAUAUUGAGAGAGUGUUAAAGUAACAGUUUUAGUUUUAGGCCUGAGAAUAACUUUGAGGUGUGUGGGAUGUGAUAUUUAUCACAUAUCAGUGUUGAGGUGUGUGUUGGGGGGAGGGAUGGUAAAGUAGGAGGCUGAUUUGCCUAUGUAUAUGGAUAAAAUACAAAUCUAAGGGUUACUUCCUCAUCUGUGCCAACAUUAUCCACAGACCCUGAGCUGUGAACUAAAAAACUUGUCAGUGUGACAAAAUGUUGCUCACUUUACACCAGUGCCAGCCUUCUAAAUACCCAUCAAUUAUAACCCCAUCUGAGUAUGAUUUUAUUAUACCCUAUUUGUUGUCAAAGGAAACUGUGGACUGAAGUUUCCACCUGAAGAUGGACUUUUGUAUGCUUAAGUGUUGAGUUGACAGUGAAUUUUAGAGAAAAGUUUGUAUUGUAGUCAGCUGCCAUCAGGUGUUCAUGUGUCCCCAGUCAAAAGUGAAAACACAGUUAAAAGAAAAGUUCAAUAUUUUGGUAAAUGUUUGCUUUCUGGGGGUGGGGAUCAGUAGAUCAGUAACACUCUGGUUUGUAACAUAUUAGCUACCAGCAUCCAGUUAGGUUUGCACAAAGACUCAAAACAGUGGGGAAAAGACUAGACGGUCUGAGAGUUUAAAAAAAUAAAGAUAAUAAUGAAUCUGUCAUCCACUAAGAUAUGUUAUAUUUUAUUUGUUGAACGAAAAACUGAGUACAGACUUUUCUACAAUUAGCCAGAGUUGCUCUUGAACUAUGUUGUGUAGUACUGCACAACGCAGCUGACUUACACUGUGACUUCCCAGUUCAAAAUUUUAAAUGAGUUAUUUAUACAUUUUUAAUUUCUGCUACCGUUUUUACCAUUUGACGGAGCCAUACUAGCCAUCUCCCCAUCUGCAUUCUUUGUUCAAAACUAUGUUGGAGCCUCCUUGCUAAAUUAUUUGUUAACCUAUUUAAAUUUUUACAAACUGUGCCAGACUGACAAGCAUAUUCCUCCUACAUAAUGAACCACUGUUAUAAACCUGAAGUUUUUUUCCAUCAGGUAUGGGCUGUUUGAAAUAGAGAAAAAAAACCCCACCUCAGCCCUUAACAGCUAAGAAGAGAGAUUCUGUGUAUGUCAUACAGUUAUAAUCAGCAUACAAGCAUUUCUUUGCUCUUUGUGUAAUUCUGCAGUAUUAGCAGCUGGACCAGGAAUAGUAUCACUUCUAUGUGCCUGUGCAGUUCACUCAUUGAAGUAGUGCUGUAGACUUAUUAAUUAAAAAGGUGCUUGACAUCAUUUAAUUUCAUAUUAUUGUUGUAUUCUUCAGAAAUCCCCUCCUGUAUUGUGUGAAUUACCUAUGGUGUACUUCAAACUUAACCUAACAAUGUUUUGAUUUGUUGCAGUGGUAGGAUUGGCAGUUUAAGCUGUAACCUUCACCCACAGUGCCACCAUCUAACUUCAAAAAACAGUUGUGAAAGAAAUCACCACUGCACAAGUUAAGGCAGUAUUUUUCAGGACUGCAUUUGCAAGACCGUCCAAUUUAGUUUCAUAAUAUGAGAAAAUAUUCAAAGUUUCCGAUAAACAUAGGAGGGACAGAGUAAUUUCACUCCCUGACACUUGCAUUAGUUGUCACAUGAACACCACCACAGCACCAUCACAACAAAUGCACUGCCCUUGACUCCAUAACCCACUGCUCUGACAUUUUUCUUGUUUGGAUUGUAUUUAUUUUAUGUUUUUAAGCCAGUUAAGACCAGGGACUUGGUGCCAUGAUAAAUCUCUUACAGUGCUAUUGUGUGGAAUUAUAAUCACUUGUUAUGGAAUAAUUUUUAUAGUCUUUUUCACACCAGACCUUUUUUUUGUAUUUGUACAGUGGCUUGGUGAUACUGAUAUGUUGCCAUGAGUAAUUGUAACCAAUAAAAAGCUUCUAACCAAGAA